AUGGCGGUGGGUCCUACGAGGAGGACUUCUGAUUUUGAGCUAUUGAGGAGGAGAAAGUUAGAGGAGAACCAAGAAUUAAUGUCACCUAAACAGAGGGUGAGGGAGGAAGACGCAUUACUGGCUGACCUGGAAUCAACUACAUCCCAUAUUUCAAAGAGACCAGUGUUUUUGCAAGAAGAGACCCCCUACUCAAUCCCCACCAGUGGGAAUUAUUACCAGGAUAUAUCGGUUCCACCUCCAGUUCCUCCUCCGCCUUCUGCCGAGGCUCUGAAUGGUUCGCUGCAAGACCACUCCCACCACUCGUCCCAGCAGUCUUUAGGUUCAGCCCAGAAGAGUUCAUGCUCAAGGGACAGCAGCAGUUCUCCGUCUCAUUUUGAAGAGGACCACGUAUACAGCUUUCCAAAUAAACAAAAAUCAUCAGACUCAUCGUCAGCAGCCAUGUCCUCUGCCCUCGGCAGCAACCUGUCUGAGCUUGACAGACUGCUUUUAGAGCUUAAUGCGGUUCAACAGAGCUCCCCUUCAUUCGCUACUACAGAGGAGAGGCCUCCACCGUUACCGUCCACCAGCAUCACACACUAUGAAAACGGCAAUGCCCCUGACAUCAGAGUGAGCCCGCCCCCUCAAGAGGAGCCCAAGAGGAAUGGAACGAGGCAAGAUGAAGUCAGGCCCACAGUGGAGAGUCUUCUGGAUGAGCUGGAGGGUUCAGUACCUUCAACCAGCCCUUCUCCCCGGCACAGUGAUUUAGACAGCCCAUCUCAACAACAAACACGGAUUUCAGCUUCAUGUGCUACAAGAGAGUUAGAUGAACUGAUGGCCUCUUUGUCUGACUUUAAGAUGACUCAAGGGAAAGUGGGAGCUCCUGGUGGUCCACAGACACAGGUCAACAAGCUGGACAACAUGCUUGGCAGCUUGCAGUCAGAUCUCAACAAACUUGGUGUGCAGACAGUAGCCAAAGGAGUUUGCGGUGCCUGCUUCAAGCCGAUUGUGGGACAGUUGGUGACUGCCAUGGGCCGCACGUGGCAUCCCGAACACUUUGUGUGCACACACUGUCAAGAGGAAAUCGGCUCCAGAAACUUUUUUGAGCGGGAAGGACAGCCCUAUUGUGAGAGGGACUACCAUAACCUGUUCUCCCCUCGAUGCCACUACUGCAAUGGGCCCAUACUAAAUCAAGUUGUAACUGCGCUGGAUCGAACAUGGCAUCCUGAACACUUCUUCUGUGCUCAGUGUGGAUGCUUCUUUGACCCAGAUGGUUUCCACGAAAAGGACGGCAAAGCUUACUGCAGGAAGGAUUACUUUGACAUGUUCGCACCAAAGUGUGGCGGCUGUGCUCGAGCCAUCGUGGAGAACUACAUCUCAGCGCUCAACUCGCUUUGGCACCCGGAGUGUUUUGUUUGCAGGGAAUGUUUCACCCCAUUCGUCAACGGAAGUUUCUUUGAGCAUGACGGCCAGCCUUACUGUGAAGUCCACUACCAUGAAAGGCGUGGUUCUUUGUGCUCAGGCUGCCAGAAGCCAAUCACGGGUCGCUGUAUCACAGCAAUGUCCAAGAAGUUCCACCCGGAACACUUUGUGUGCGCCUUCUGCCUAAAGCAACUCAACAAAGGCACCUUUAAAGAACAGAAUGACAAACCCUACUGCCACGGUUGCUUUGUGAAGCUCUUCAGUUAG